AUGUCGAGGACCCCGUUGCAAUGGCACACUGUACACCCCAAUGGCUGGUAUCUUGACGGAAGGCGGCGUGUCUCUGAUGACGAGAAUCAGAGGCUGUCCUCGCCAUCUAAUAACCUCUACUCGACAGGACAGCAGCCGCCACAGUUCCUCCUUCCUGAGAGCCGGGGUUUUGAUCCCACGAUGAUCAGCCCGUCACAGCCUCGAACCACUGUUUACGAGCGACCCCGAGAAAGCGCAGCAGAGCCCGGGGUCACAUUUUCUUCGGGCAGCACGAGCUCCAUGGCUCAGCACUGCGUACAGCGCUCGAAUCUGUAUAGCAGCAGUUCCACUACCUUUCCGAGUCCAGCUCAUUCAGACAAUAGCAUGGCCAUCUACCCUCAGAAUGUGCCUUUUGCAAAGCAGCAGCAACUACCACCGCCGCCUCCGCAACAGCCCCCAAAACGACAUAGCUCGUCCAGCAUGCCUAUAGGCUUUGAGAAACUCCUCAACCAUUCGCCAUCUCCCCCUCCCCCUCCUCUUCCUCCGCCCAGACGGCCAUCCUCAUCCUCGCGUUAUCGCCUCCACAUCCGGCAACAGCCUCUCGCAGCCCGAGCAUGCGGCGCCGGCGACAGAGACCGGCGACCCGUCGACCCGCCGCCCAUCAUCCAGAUGCUUCUCACAGAUUUUGACUCCAAAUCUGACACUGACUCGGACAUCUUGCAGGACCCGCGCUUCGCAGUAGGCUGCCUCCUGGUUCCUGUAUCUACUUCAUCUGACCUCGACGCCGAGCCGGGGCUUCGCGACGACCAUCCCGCCCAGCGAGAUCCAGCAGGCGGAGGCGGCGGCGGCCAAACCACACCCCUUCUCUCCGGCAAAGCGUUCGUCUCGCCUUUCUACGUCGACGCAGACCCAGACCCAGACACCGCACCUGUCCACCCAUCCAGCAGCAUCACCGAGUCCCUCUACAAGACCUCCACCAGCACUACAACCUCAGCCCCCUUCAUCCUCCCUAACCCCAACCCACCCAGCAAGACCGAGAUCCCCGCCACCUUCUACAUCUUCUCCGACCUUUCCGUGCGCACGGCCGGUCUGUAUCGGCUCCAGUUCCGGCUUAUGAACUGGGGCUCGGUCGAGGAUACUGGCAAGUCUAUGCCCAUCCUCGCGGAGACCUGGUCCGAUCCAUUUCGCGUUUUCCCGGCGAAAGACUUCCCGGGCAUGCGGGACUCAUCGGCGCUCACGAGGGGUUUGAAGGAGAUGGGGUUUGUGGAGCUUAAAACACGCGGAAGAGGAGAGGGGAAGGGGAGGAGACCGAGAUGA